GGUUUGGAGGUGAAUCAGAGUUUGUGAUUGGUCGAGAUGUAACUGGAUACCCGGAAGUGUUGUCUGUAGGAUUAAAAAUGCGCUGGUGCGAACCGGGAGUUUUAUUCAACCUUUUCCUCGACAAACGUACCGUCAAAUCUAUUUUCCGGAUUCGUGGAUGCAACCAGGCACAACCCUUACAACAAAUAACAGAACGAAAUGCUUGCUUACUGCUAGAAUAGUUUCUCUGUGUGUGUCCCAUUGACACGUUACAUGGAGGAAACUGCACCGCGCUGUAAUAAUUGGAAGCAACGCCUUCAGGAUUAUGUUCACUGCGGUGUUUGUGGAGACUCUAAAAUUUGAAUAUACCUGCGGAAUAAUGAAAGUGAACAUUAAACGCGUAUAGCAGCCCAUCAACAUGGAUUAUGGAAGGAAAAGGAAGCUAACAUUUUUUACCAUUGGACUAAUCUUUCUUUUGAGCGGCGUGGAAUAUGCUGUGAUACUCCCCACUAUAUGGAAGUAUUUGCAAACAUUAGAGGCACCAUCGUAUUUUCUGGGUUUGACCCUAUCAGCGUUCAGUCUCAGUGGCCUCCUGUCAGGGCCACUAUUUGGCCACUGGUCUGACCGAACGCGAACCACCAAGAAGAUAAUCUUGUUUGCCAACCUUUUUGAGAUUGUGGGUAACUUCAUGUACUUCAUGGGCUUUUCCAAAUGGCUCCUUCUGUCAAGCAGACUGGUCGCAGGCAUUGGCACGGGUGCUGGCUCGUCCAUCUUUGGUUUCCUAACCAGAAGCACAGCCCCAGAAGAUCGGUCCACUGUGUUUGCCGCUGCCAUGGUAUGUCGACAAGUCGGCCUUCUGAUUGGUGAGUGGUCCAGUUCAAUAGAAGGUCCAGCAUUUAACAUCUUCCUGAGACUGUGUGAUUUCCAUGUGGGUCCUUUUGUGGUCAAUACAUUCACUGCACCAGGGUUAUUUAUGUGCUUAUUGUGGAUUCUUCUUCAAUUUGCUGUGCUCUUCAUGUACUGGGAUCUUCCACCUGUGGAGAGGGGGAAGAAGACUGUUAAAAACAAGCAUAGUGACAUAGUGAAUGAACAUGGGAUUGAGGAUGAGCAAGCAAAUGAUGAGGCUGAUGAUGAAGUAAAGCCACUAAUUAAAUCACAGGAGCUAGUGGGUUCCUAUGGCUCUGUGGUUGCCGCUGACUCACACAGGAAUCAUCAUGUUGCUGCAACGUCUGAUUCUACUUUGAAUCAAAUUUCCCCAUAUCCUGAGCCAUCAGUUUCCCCCGAGUCCUCCAGUCCCUUUAAAAACUUCAGUCUCUCACGAGAGUUCCUCAGAGAAGAGGUGGUUGUGCUGCUGGCUGCUCAAUUUAUCACCCUCUUUAAUCAGACAGCAUUGGAGACCAUGGUGACUCCACUGACGCAGAAGUACUUCAACUAUGGAGAGUUGGAGAACAGCCUCAUGUACUGCCUCUGUGGUGUGGAAGUGAUUGCUGGUUUCCUAUUUGUGCGAUGGCUGAGCAGGCGUGUUGCUGAGCGAGUAAUUCUUGCUGUUGGCCUUAGCAUUUGCAACAUUUCCUGUGUCUGGUGUCUCAUCUUCCUGGCAAACCCGCUAGGUGAUUUCCCAUGGCAGCUGACAGAGUUUGUCAUAGGCGUGUUUCUGCAGGUUCUGGGUUUACCAUUUGUAGCUGUGGCCCAGGUUUCACUCUUCUCCAAAGUUACUUCUGAAAAAACACAAGGUUUCAGUCAGGGCGUGCGUCGCUCAGUUGGAGGUCUCGCAACUAUUCUGGGCCCGCUGUGGGCUGGUGGCCUCACUGACAACAUGUAUAUCAUGAUGGGUGUGAUGAUGGUGCUUCUAGCACUGCUAACGAUGAUGCUAGCCUUCUCUUACAAGCGACUGGUUGAACCUUCUCAUGAGGAUGAAGAUGACAGUGGAGACCGCUGUUGAUAUACCUGGAAUUGGCUGACGAGCAGUUCAGGUGCAGCCUUCCUCCUGCUCAUGAUCACCUGGGAUAGGUUUCGGUAUCUCUGCGACUUGUGCGAGGUUUGAUACAGACAAUGGAUGGAUGCACUUUCCCCUUCCGCGAAAAAAAAAAAAGGGAGGCCUUCGUUUUAUGUGUU